CAUUUGACUAACCUCGUUUAUAUACAUAGCCAUUUAAUAGAUAUGGUGUCAUGUUUAAAAUGUUCUAUUUGAAUAAGUCCCCCGGCCCAGCAGGGGGCAGCAGCGCCCCACAAUGCACCCUUUGUGUGUCCGUGUUUACAAGCGGAGCGUGACGCUCGGGGACUAGAAAUCGUCUCCAUUGUAUCUGUAAACGUCCCAGAAUGCAGUCCCUGAGAGCCUUUCUCAGCGAGAGACUCACCGCGGCGGCGGAGGAGAUAUUCGGAGCCGUCGAAAACACAAUAGCCGAGUACAAAGAGGAGAUUUCCCGGGCCAAAGAUUUAGAAAUCAGUCGUCUCAGGACGCAGCUGAGGCUUCUCAAGUCAGAGCCCCGGUCGGAGAGAUGCCUCGGAGUCCAGCUGCAGCAGCUCACCCAUCACCACCCUCCUCCUCCUCCUCCUCUUCCUCCUCAGCAGCAGCAGCAGCUCCACCCGUCAGUGCCUUCGGAGGAGCCUCCCGAGUCCCAGCACUGCGAGGAGGACGGCAGCUCCAGCAUGGAGCAGGAGCACCCGGAGCCCCCGCAGGUGAAGAAGGAGCAGCAGCAGUUCAAGACCCACCGCGAUUUCUGGCAGGGCCACGACGCGGAGGAGCAGCUCGAAAGCCUCGAAUCCGACAUCAAAGACUUCAUCCUGUCUCCUGCCAGCCUGAGGAGCAGCCUGCAGGAGCCCGCGUUGCUCUUCCAGCCGUACCACACGAACCACCACGGCGAGGAGGGCAAAGAGAAACCCUACUGCUGCUCCGUGUGCGAGAAGCGCUUCAGCAACUGCUCCCACCUCGCGGCUCACAUCAGGACGCACACGGGAGAGAGGCCUUACAGGUGUGAAAUAUGCAGGAAGACGUUCAUCACGACGAGCGCCCUCAACAGACACCAGACGAUCCACACGGAAGGGAAACAAUUCGUCUGCAAUUAUUGUGGCAAAUCCUUCAAAUGGAUGGAGUCUCUAGGCAGACACGUUAGAAGCUUACAUAAGAGGGAGAACAUGCUCGUAUGACCCUCUUUGAAAGUAAUGUCCCCCGGAUCAGUCUUAUGUUUAGACAUUUACGAUUUACUAAAACACUUGAGCAAAAAAUGUUUCGUUUUAUAUAGUUUGUAGUAAAUUAUAUUGUGCAUGGAUCUCAUUAAGCCUUGAAAGCCAGUAAAAAAUGUGCAAACGAAGUUUUCAUUUUAUAAAUAUGUUAUGGUGAAUGUUUUAUUUACCAAUAAAAUGGAACUAUUGGCAUUUU